AAAAGAAUAAAAAAAAAAAGAAAAAAACGAAGCUGCCCCAAAAACUCAGAAAGAAGCAUCCAUGGAGAGAAAAGAAAGCUCAAAAUUGAAUAUAGCAAUAAUUCAUCCGGAUCUCGGAAUUGGUGGAGCAGAGAGGUUAAUUGUUGAUGCUGCUGUAGAACUUGCAACACGUGGGCAUAAAGUUCAUGUCUUCACAUCACACCAUGACAAAACACGCUGUUUUGAGGAGACCGUUUCUGGUAUCUUUCCAGUUACAGUCUAUGGUGCCUUUCUACCACGGCAUUUUUUCUAUCGUCUUCAUGCAGUGUGUGCAUAUCUUCGGUGUAUAUUUGUUGCACUUUGUGUAUUGUUUAUGCAUCCAACAUUUGAUAUAAUACUCGCAGAUCAGGUCUCUGUUGUUGUUCCACUCAUGAAGUUUAAAAAGUCAUCAAAGGUGGUAUUUUAUUGCCAUUUUCCAGAUCUGUUGCUUGCUCAACACACAACCGUUCUUAGGAAAAUUUAUCGAAAGCCUAUAGACUAUGUAGAAGAAAUAACGACAGGUAUGGCGGAUUUAACUCUUGUUAACAGCAAAUUCACCGCAUCUACUUUUGGAAAGACUUUCAAGCAUCUACAUACACGAGGGAUUAGGCCUGCUGUGCUUUACCCUGCAGUCAAUGUGGAUCAGUUUGAGAAACCUACUGCUACCAAGUUGAAUUUUCUCUCCAUCAAUCGAUUUGAAAGGAAAAAGAACAUAGAGUUAGCUAUAUCUGCCUUCGCUUUGCUGUACACCAAUCGACAGAAUAACAUUCAAGGUGAAAAUGAAAAUGGAGUUUCCUUGGUUAUUGCAGGUGGUUUUGAUAAACGCCUCAGAGAGAAUGUUGAAUAUCUGGAUGAACUGAAAAACUUGGCAGAUAGAGAAGGUGUGUCUCACAGGGUCAGGUUCAUCACAUCUUGUACUACUUCUGAAAGAAAUAAUCUUCUUUCUGAAUGCCUAUGUGUUCUGUAUACACCUCAGGAUGAACAUUUCGGCAUUGUUCCUUUGGAAGCAAUGGCAGCCCAUAAACCUGUUAUUGCAUGCAACAGUGGGGGUCCAGUCGAGACAGUAAAGAAUGGAGUGACGGGCUUUCUAUGUGAUCCUAGCCCACAAGAAUUCUCUACGGCUAUGGCUAAUUUUAUUCGUGAUCCUCAAAUGUCAGAGACAAUGGGCAGAGAAGCUCGAAAGCAUGUAACAGAGUCGUUCUCUACCAAGAUAUUUGGCCAGCGUCUGAAUGGAUAUCUUAUCGAUACAGCUCGAGGAAAGAGAGAAUGAGAUAUCUUAAUGUUAUUGACGGUGCUGUACCUGGGAUUUGUGUAAAAUUUUCUUAUCUAGUUACAGUUCUUCGCAUUCAAUUAUUCUACAUGAUCUUAGUGCUGUGGCUGGGAUUUUGUUAUUCUUUCUGUUUGCUUCAAUUUUCAGUACUUGUAUAACAUUGGACACGUACUAGUUAACUGGAGCAUUUUUUAUCAGGAAAAUUAGGGCUGGAAUCUUUAUCUGGAUUCAGUUGUGGGU